CACAAACACGCGGUAGCAUGGGUGGGCGCAACUCGACCGCGCCCUCGACGGCGUUGAGCCUCUCGUCUGGCAUCAAAAUCUCGCAGCGCAGCGGUCUCUCGGGGCGCGUUUCGGGCAAGUCGCUCAACCUCUCGCGCUUCUACAGGUCGGAAAAUGAGAAAUUAACGCCAGCUGCCGAUGGACAAGAACCCGAUUGGAACGUUGUCUUCAAGGGUGAGCUCGCGACACCGGACGAGUAUCAGCACUAUAUGCCGCCUAACAUGCCGCUCUGCCCGACGUACGAGACAACAUAUCACGCCGAAUGCAGUCGCAGCUGGAAAAUUCUUUGCAAAGGUGGCACCGCCAAGAUGCGUCAGCUCAAGAAAGACGGCAUCGUGCUCUUCUACGACGAGUUCUUUCACCGCCUCUUUCAGCGCGACCCGAGCUUUGGCGAGAUCUUUCCCGGCAUUCGCAAGCGCAUUGAAGUGCUCAUCAAAGCCAUGAAAUUUAUGCUUGGAGACAAAAAGCACCCCAACGACGUCGUCAUGACCCGCUGUCGCAACCUUGGAUUCCGCCAUCGCACGAUCCCGCUCAUUCGGCCGCACCACUUUUCCACGUACACAAGCACGAUGCUCGAGGUCAUCAUGUACUGGCUCGACAACGAAGCGACGCCCGACGUUGGCGAGGCGUGGGGAAACCUCGUCGGCUUCCAUCUCAAGUACCUACUGCAAGCGUACUUGCACGGCAACGUUAACUACGACGAGUGGAGCCAAAACACGACGACCCCGAUUGAGAAGGCACCCGCGGACCGGAAAACGUCGGUCAAGACCAACAAGCCUGGCUCGAAAUCCCACCCCUCCCACCGCUGAGACCGUUGAAGCCUCGUUCAUGUCUUGCUUUUUAAUCCACACCCAGUCGCUCGAGUGCAAUUGUGGAUAGAUCUAGUGUGCGCCUCGCGG